AUGGCGGACAACGAGAAGAUCGCCAACUUCCUCCAGGACCAGCGAGACCAAGCCCCAGACGACCUCCAGCACUACUUCCUGAGCUUCGAGGACUACUGGGAGCGCAAGCUAUGGCACGAACUGACCGACAUCCUCGUCGAUUACUACAACGAGUCCCAGAGCGCACCGCAGCGCAUCCCCAUCUUCAACAGCUUCAUUAAGCCCUUCGCCGACAAGAUCAACCAACUGAAGCUUGUGCGCAUAGGACUUAGCACGUCAAAGCAGUGCAAAGAUGACAACGAGCGCCUUACUUUCCUCUCCGCUCUGGCCAGCCGUGUAGACAAGCCAGCCUCCCAAGACGCAUACGUCUACGCCCUCACAGCAGUCGCCAACACUCGGCUCAAUCUCAGCCAAAUCACCGAAGCACGUAAGGAUCUUGACAAGUGCGAGUCUGUGCUCGACACCUUCGACUCAGUCGAGACCGAAGUCCACGCCAACUUCUACUGGGUGAGCGCCGUCUACUACCAGAGCCAGCACGAGUUCGCCAAAUACUACCGUACCGCGCUCCUCUACCUCGCCUGCGUCGAGCUUUCAGAUCUUCCCGAACAAGACCGCCAGCGCAUCGCUUACGACCUCUCCAUUGCCGCUCUUGUCAGCGAGAACAUCUACAACUUCGGCGAGCUCCUUCUCCAUCCUAUCCUCGACAGUUUGAGCGACACCCAGAAUGCUUGGCUCCGCGAUCUGCUGUUUGCAUUCAACCGCGGUGACUUGCAAGCAUACAACAUCCUCCAGCAGCAUCUCGAUGCAAACACGCUGUUGAAGGAGCACCAACAGUUCCUCUACCAGAAGAUCUCGCUGUCGGCGCUGACCCAGCUUGUCUUCUCUCGUGCGCCACAAGAUCGCAGCAUGACAUUCACGACCAUCAGUCAAGAGACGAAGGUGCAGCUGGAUGAGAUUGAGCAUUUGAUCAUGAAGGCGCUCAGUCUAGGACUUCUAAGGGGCAGCAUCGACCAGGUCGCGGAGGUAGCUCGGAUAACAUGGGUGCAGCCCAAGGUGUUGGACAGGAGCGGCAUUGAGGGUAUGCGCGCCAGACUGCGUGAGUGGGACGGUGGUGUGGAGCGUCUGGGCAACUGGAUCGAGGGAGUUGGUCACGACGUUUGGGCAUCGUAG